UCUCGCCAUCGAAGAAAACCCUUCUCCGCCGAUAUGGGCCCGGAGGAGGAUGUUCGCUCAUCGGUCUUCUUGGCGAAGCCCUCCGUCGCUCCCUCGUCCAGCUUCGCAUCAGCGACGCCCUUUCCCCCCUCCUUCCCCGCUGACAAGAAAUCGAAUACAGGUUUUUCUGUUCGAUUGGUGGUUGAUUAAAGCGGAAAGCGAGGUCGAGGGGAAAAGGUUGGCCGUCGGAGGGUUUACGACGAGGCAACAUGCAACUAGAUUAUUCAGUUCUGCUCCUAUUAUUAAACGGAAUGAUGCUUAUACUCUUGAGACAGCAGAUGGCGUUACUGUUGUAGUUCAGGGCAUGAUAAACAAAGAACGUACACAAGAUAAUGGUUUUCCUCUUGAGGUCUGCAAUCAUUUCUUGAUUGGAUUUCCAUAUAACUGGGAUCAUUAUGCUGAUGAAUAUUCUAAUAAGAGAUCAACUUCAACCUCUCCUGGAAAGUUGUCUUCUCUUGAUGAAGCAUUCAAAGACUCAACUAAUAGAACAGCUUCUACAUUUCCAGUUCUUCUGGAUGAGUUUCCUAUAUGUAGGGUCUUAAAUUUUUUUACUUCUGGAGGGGACAAUUUGACAACAAACUUCAGUGAUCAUCUGAAAAAUCUCUCCAUGAGUGCAGCAGAAUCUGAAAUGCAGAAGUCUUCAUCAUAUCUGAUGGAGGGUCUUGGUAAGCAUAACAUGGACAACAAUGAUGGAAAUAUUGUUGGAUCUGCUAGUUCAGUUGAACAUCAUGCUGAGGUUCUUACUUGUUCUAAAGAAGUUGAGUAUUCUAGAAAAAACUUGAAUGAAGGUGGUGGAUAUAGAAUAACUGUGAGCAAGCAGGAGCUGGUAGAUAUGCGAAAGAAAGCAUCUUCAAACAACUCAAGGAAAAUGGAGACAUGCAGUAAUUUAUUUUCCUUCAUUUCAGUUAACAAUAAUAGUACUAAUCAUUUGCAAGUUUCUGUUGAUCAGAAGUUAGAUGCUGAAGGCCGUAAUAACCCAGUGGAGGAGGGACGUAGUAGUAUCUCAAAUAGUCCAUUGUUACAAGAUGUUUCACAUCUUGAUUACAGUGAGAAACUGGGAGAUGAUACAGCAGGAAGGCUAUGCCAUUCCGAUAAAUCAAUAAUAAAUGACACAGAUGGUUUGCCUAUUCCCACAAAUUUGGACAACAAAGAUGCAUAUUCACCUCACGGAAAAAUUGAUGUCAAGUUGAAAAUUUCUGAUGUCAUAGGAACAUUGAAGGCCGGAACAUGGCAGGAAGGAAGUGUUGGAACUAGAUAUGUAGAAGGUGAACUAAAUGGCUUUGAUCACUCCAAAAUAUCUAAACAUUGUUCUACAAGUAAUGAAGGAGAAUCUUCAUCAGACGAGAUAAAUGGCAUGUGUCUUAAUACCUUAGAGAAGAUUAAGAACUGUAAUAUUCCUUCUGUUGAGAAUCCUACUACUCAGAUGUGUUCAACAGUUGAUAUUGGACUAACUGGAGAUUCAGAAAUGGACAUGUGCUGUCAAAAGGAACCUUUAGUGAAGGUUAUUGAAGAAAAAGAAAUAAAGAAGGAUAGCAUUCAGAAACAAAAUCAGGACUGUACUGAGUGCAUUGGCGAAAAAGAUUUUGUGCACUUCUCCGCUUCUGUAGAAAUGAUGCCAUUAGCUGAAGAUAAAUUAACAGGCAAAACUACAUCCACUGGAACUGAAGAGCAGUCAUCAGCUGUUAAGGGUCAUAACUAUCCGUAUGUAAGUGGUACUUGUAAACGUGGUGGAGUUACACUCGGCAUACCUGCUUCUGUUUCUAGGUCAGAGGGCUUAAAAGGCAAAUCAGUGUUCUCAUCUAAAAUGAAAGUCAAAAGAGUUUCUAAAAACUAUGAAGUUGCAAGCACUAAGCUGGAGACAGGAGAGACCAAGCCAAAUCAUCUUAACUCUGAGGAGAAAGGUUUCAAACAUACUUCUGAAUACCAUGCCUCUGUGAAAGGUGACAAUAAGGAUGCAUCGACUGGCAGUCCUGCUCAGGAUCCCACUGAUGUUUCUCAGAUUUGUACUUUUGACUCAUUCAAACAGGAAGUAGGUGCUGACCCUUUAAAAUGCAGAUUGCAGUCAUCGCUUUUAUCGAGUCAUGCUGCCACCAAGGAAUUGGAAAAACAAAAUGGACUUGCUGUUGAUCACAUUGCUAUGGAGAAUAAUAGUCAUUCAAAUGGAUCUCCUAGAUAUUCAACAAAAUAUGCAGUUCAAUCAGAUAUUCCAGUCAUGAAUUACUCUAGUGAAGAUAAAUCAUUGGAAAUGAUUUACAAGACGUUAAUGGACAAAAUGAAUAACCAAGAUGUUCCUAAAGUUUCAGUAGCAGAGGAGUCUAACAAAAUUAAGGGAUCACAUACUUCUAGGAGGAGGAAAAUGUUGAGGCAAGUCUCAUAUGUACACCAAUCACCACUUACCAGGGAUAAGGCUAAGAAGUCAUUUGUGGCCUUAUCUGAAUCUCUUAAUUUUAGAAGAUCUCGGUCAGGCCGAUUGAUCGUUCCACCCCUAGAUAAUGGUUGUCAGCAAAUUAUCUAUGAUGCGGAUGGUUCAAUUACUGGGAUUAUGAGUGCUCGUAAUGUGCUGAAUUCUCCUAGCCAAGGAAGCAAGUCGGAGCCUGCAAAAAGAAGAAAAAAAUUAUGAACACUUGACACUCUGUUAUAAAGGCCCGAAGAGCCAACUUUAUGUUUUCCUGCAACACUUCACCUGUCUCGAACCAGUAGGAGCAUCAAUUGGCAAUUCAGAUUUGAGGGCCCGUUUUCCCUUUCGGUCUUGGUAUUUUGAUGCAUAUAAAUUGCAUCUACUGUUGUAUGAUCCCUGAUCUGACAAGAUCCUUUUGAAUCGCAGACGCCGACGGCAACAGUCAUGAAGCAAGGCAUACCUCAUUUGCAAAAAAUGGGGAGCUUCGGUGCCACGUUAGUUUCGUUUUUUCCUUGUUCAGCAAAUAGUAAACUAUGCUUUAACAAACACAUCAAAACCGUGAUUCCCAGUCACAAAAAAAAAAAAA